AUGGAUUCUUUCGAAAAUUACCAAUAUGAUUCUGCAUCGUCUUAUGGCGGAAUAAGCAUUGUCGACGAUACCUCAUCCGUCUACACCGUCAACACAAGCCAGAGCAAUGUUCCACUCGAUCUGGACAGCCUUUCGAUAACUGACGACCGCUCCGUCGUUGCAUCCCCGAACGGCCAUAGUCACCAUUCGCACUCGCAAAAUGCGAAUGCAGAUGGCAUCGACGAGGAUUUUGAUGCCGUUCUGGAUGACCUCAAAGACGAGGGGCAGGUAGAUUUGCCGCCUCAUGCUUGCAGUUACUGUGGCAUCCACUCCCCCGCUUCUGUCGUCAAAUGUCUCGUCUGCCAAAAAUGGUUUUGCAAUUCUCGUGGCAACACGUCUGCUUCUCAUAUCGUGAAUCACCUCGUGCGGGCGAAGCAUAAGGAAGUCAUACUUCAUGCCGAAUCCCCUCUCGGCGAAACUAUACCCGAAUGCUACAACUGUGGAAGCAAGAACGUGUUUAUGCUCGGAUUCAUUCCCGCGAAGAGCGACACCGUUGUCGUCCUGCUGUGCCGUCAGCCUUGUGCUGCGGUCUCGAAAGAUAUCUCUUGGAACGCAUCCCUUUGGGCCCCCUUGAUCGACGAUAGAUCCUUCUUGUCCUGGCUGGUGAAGCCUCCUAGCGAAACCGAGCAGCUCCGUUCGCGCCAGAUUUCGUUCCAACAGAUCAACCGUCUCGAGGAUCUGUGGCGAGAAAACACUAGCGCCACCCUUGAAGAUCUCGACAAGCCUGGCGUGGACGACGAGCCUCAGCCUAUCUUGCUCCGCUACGAGGAUGCUUAUCAGUAUCAGAAUAUCUUCGGUCCCCUCGUCAAGAUUGAAGCAGAUUAUGACAAGAGGUUGAAGGAGUCGCAGACACAGACGGAUAUCUCCGUUCGUUGGGAUCUCGGUCUCAACCAGAAACGCGUCGCUUGGUUUUGCCUCCCUAAGCUUGAAAGUGGCGAGGUCCGACUAGCUGUCGGCGACGAACUCAGGCUAAAGUAUACCGGAACCCUGCACAAGCCCUGGGAAGGCGAUGGCCAUGUCGUCAAGAUCCCAAACAACGUCUCUGAUGAGAUAGGGUUGGAGCUGAGAAGAUCGGAGGGUGUCCCGGUGGAUAUCACGCACAACUAUACUGUAGACUUCGUUUGGAAGUCGACUAGUUUUGAUAGGAUGCAGCUCGCGAUGAAGACAUUCGCAGUCGACGAGAAGAGUGUCAGCGGUUACAUCUACCACAAGCUGCUUGGUCAUGAGCUCGAACCCCAGACCCUACGGACGCAGAUGCCGAAGCGAUUCUCCGCUCCCGGCCUUCCGGAGCUCAACCACUCCCAGAUGUAUGCGGUUAAGAGCGUUCUCCAGAAGCCUCUUAGUCUCAUUCAGGGACCACCCGGAACAGGCAAGACCGUUACUUCCGCUUCGACCGUCUAUCAUCUCGCGAAGAUGAACCCUGGCCAAGUCCUCGUGUGCGCGCCGUCGAACGUUGCCGUCGACCAGCUGACUGAGAAGAUCCAUGCUACUGGUCUCAAAGUCGUCCGUCUCACCGCGAAGUCUCGUGAAGCCCUCGACUCCUCUGUCGCCUUCUUGACUCUACACCAGCAGGUUGCAAACAACACUACGCACGUCGAACUCCAGAAGCUCAUCCAGCUCAAGAAUGAGCAAGGCGAGCUCAGUUCGAAUGACGAACGGAAGUACAAGGCCCUCAUUAGGCAAUGCGAGAAGGAGAUUUUAAGUGCCGCGGAUGUCAUUUGCUGCACCUGCGUUGGAGCGGGUGACCCUCGUCUCAGCAAACUCAAGUUCCGGACGGUUCUCAUCGACGAAGCCACGCAGGCUGCCGAGCCAGGAUGCAAGCAAGUUGUGUUGGUUGGCGAUCACCAGCAACUUGGCCCUGUUAUCAUGAACAAGAAAGCGGCCCGUGCUGGUCUCACGCAGUCACUCUUCGAGAGGCUCGUCGUCCUCGGCAAUCGGCCCAUCCGCCUCCAAGUGCAGUAUCGUAUGCAUCCUUGCCUCUCCGAGUUCCCUUCGAACAUGUUCUACGAGGGAACACUUCAGAACGGAGUUACGGCGCCGGAACGCCUUCGCAAGAACGUGGACUUCCCGUGGCCGGUGCCUGAUACGCCCAUGUUCUUUUACCAGAAUUUGGGUCAGGAGGAAAUCUCGUCCAGCGGAACAUCAUUCCUUAACAGGACGGAAGCGUCCAACGUUGAGAAGAUCGUGACCAAGUUCUUCAAGUCUGGUGUCGUCCCAAACCAGAUCGGGGUCGUCACACCGUACGAGGGCCAACGCUCGUACAUCGUGAACUACAUGCAGUUCAACGGCACCCUCAAGAAGGACCUGUAUAAGGAAAUCGAGGUUGCCAGCGUAGACGCUUUUCAGGGCCGUGAGAAGGACUACAUCAUCCUCAGCUGUGUGCGCAGCAACGAGCAUCAAGGCAUUGGUUUCCUUAAUGACCCGAGGCGUCUAAACGUUGCCCUCACGCGCGCGAAAUAUGGUGUCGUCAUUCUUGGGAAUCCAAAAGUCCUUAGCAAGCACCCCCUCUGGCACUAUCUCCUUACUCAUUACAAGGAGAAGAAUUGUCUUGUUGAGGGGCCGCUCAACAACCUACAGCCAAGCAUGAUUCAGUUCAGCAAGCCGAGGCGCACGCUAUCUAAAGCUAUGGACCAGUUCCGGCGUCAUGAGACGAACGCAAAGGAUUACCUGAGCACCGGGGUGAUGAGCGAUGCUCGGCGUUCGGGUACUCCGAGUCGCUUCGAUGCCAGCUUCUAUCGCACGCACGAUGCGCUUGGUUACAUCCCCUCGGAUGUGCAAUCCCUCCGAUCGCAGGCAACGUAUUCCUCAGGGUUGCCGAUGUUCGGUGCAGGCACGCCCUUCGGCCCCGGUAUGCAGCGACCCAACGGAGGCAAACGCAGCACCUAUGGAAGUUACGCUAGUUCCAUCAUCUCUCAAGACGCCGGUGUGAACGGGAACGAUACAGCAAGCGUCAUCGGCAGCACCGUGGGCACCGAUCGCGCUUCUUCCGUGGCCUAUUCGCAGUCCGAUCGUCUUCGUCGCCGCACAUCUUUCUCUUCCGUGGCAGGCGCCUCGGACAUGGGCAGCUUGUCGCAAUAUGACUAUAAGAGUCAGGACGACGGCACCGACAUGGACGACAUGAAAUCACAGUACACCGGCACCCAAUCAGGCGUUACCGUCUUCUAG